GAGAGCUGAGAGUGGGAGGCGAGCUCAGCGGCGGCUGCUUGCUGCUGCAGAAACCCAGCGAAACCCAGCUUCAGGGCUGGGCUGCAAAACGAGUCCUAGCCCUGGAGGGUUUGGAAAUAUGGGAAAUAGCAGGGAGAAAGCGGGGAUGGAUCCCAAAAGGGGGUCCCCAGCGCUGCUGCCGGGGGGAGCCGGGUUGGGGCAGGCUCGGUGCCGCUGGGGAGCAGCGUGGGAAGGGCCCGGAGCCCUGCAGGGCAUCGCCGUUUAUUGGCACCGUAAAUCAGCGGCUGAGAGACCCGUUGGCACCAACCAGGCUGGGACCCGACCGUGAGAAGGUUUGCUCCUCGUCCUGCUGGCCUUCGGCUUGUAAAUUGUCGGGGUUUUGUGCCAAACCCUGCCCGCCCCUCCCCGCAGGGCCCGUGGGGGUCCCUUUGCGCAGCUCCCGGCUCGGAGGCAGAGCUGAGCCCCACGCAGGGUGUUGGGGCCGGGCCAGGACCACAGCCGGGCUCUCCAGCAGCCCCCAAAAUUGGGGGCACCUGGAGAACCAGGGGGGGACACAGCCACCACCGCCCAAAAGGCUCCAGCUCUGUGGGGUGAGGGUUUUGGGGAUGGGGACGGGGACAAGCAGACAUCACUCAGGAGCUCCCCAGGGCAGGUUCCAGCUGGGAAACGCCGAGUUUUGUGUUUUGGGGUAAAGCCAGGGCCACUGCCCUUUGUUUGGGGCAAAACACCAGCGGGCAGCUCGCUGCCACUGGGGGCGAGCGGCGGUGACACGGGCUCGCUCUGCAUCAGCGUCCCCAAAACAUUGGGAGGGCACCGUGGGAGCCCCCCCCCACGCACAGCCCCACACUUUUUUUGCCGCCUGCCAGCCCUACAGCGGCGCCUUCCUCCCCCCAAAAACCAAAGCGGCCCCGGCCGGAGCGCGGCUGCACCGGCAGCGGGUGGGAAACGCGUGGCCGGCCCCGAGCGGGGCACAGGAAGCGAGCGGCCGGCGCAGGACGGGGGCUCCGCAGGCGCCCAGCCGCAGCCGGUGAGCGGGAUCCUGGGGGGCUCGGUGCUGCUCUCCCCGGUGCUGUCCCACAGCUUCGAGGUGAAGACGGCCGAGUGGUACUUCAUGGGAGGCACCAGGAAAAAAAUUCAAGUGGCGGAGUUUGGCCCCAAAGGGUUCGAGCGCCCCAACCCCCACGACCGCUUCCAGCAGCGGCUGGAGAUGCCCAACGCCACGGCGCUGAGGAUCGGGGGGCUGGAGCCAGGGGACAGCGGGGUCUACGAGGUGUUGAUCAAAUACAACAGCACGACGGAAGUGGAGGACCAAGACUUCAACCUCUCCGUCUACGACCCGGUGCCAACACCGCAGAUCCAAACCCAGCUCCUGUCCCGUAGCCCCCAGGGCUGUAACGUCACCCUGCGCUGCUCGCUGCCCCCCACCGCCAUCGCUCGAACCUCCUGGCACCUCUACAACAUCUCGGGGACACUGUGGGAACACAGCGGGGACGACCAGACCCUAUUUCUGGCCAUCCCCCCCGACGCCCUCAAUGCCACCUACACCUGCGUGGCUCGAAGCCCUGCCGAGGAGCAGAGCAGCUCCGUCAGCCUCAGCGCCCUGUGCCAGAUUGAGGGAGGCAGGCAGAGGUGGGCCAUCUGCCUGGGGGUGCUGGCUGCCAUCGCGGGCCCGCUGAGCAUCCUGUGCUGCCUGAGGAGGAGGAGGAGGAAGGCGGAUGAAGGAGCCCCCGGCGUGGCGGAGGAGCCGCAGUACGCGCAGGUCCCCAGGAGAGGCCCCGCCAAGGAGGACGAGGCGCCCCCCCAGCCCAGUGCCCCCCUCAGAACCAUCUACAGCGAGGUGGGGGCCGGCACGCGUAGCCUGGCCCAGCCGCAGGCCUGAGCAGCAGGACCACGGACAGACGGACAGACGGCCGGACAGACAGGCGGACACGCGGCCCUUUUUACCCAUUUUUGCUUUAUUUCCCCCCAUUUCCUCUCCCCUCCCCUCCCCAAAAGCAGGGGGUCGGCAGGACCCCAAUAAAGGCGGUUGGAAACAGA